UGGCAGGCAGAUUCUUUACCCACUGAACCACCUGGGAAGCCCCUGACAUUUCUGUACGUGCCUGCAUUCAGGCGCUGCUCCUAGGGCUUCCUGUGAAUUAGUUCCUCGAGUGAAUUAGUUUUUUAGCGACGGGCCGAGGGAUUCCCUGCAUUUCAUUUGGAGAUGGCACAUCCAGCCUUGGCAGCCACCCAAACCGGAUCCUCGGGACUGAGCUCUGGCCACAUCCCUGUCCCCCAGGAGGGCAGGCAGGGGGACCCCAGAGGUGUCGGGCCCUCACACACCCCUCCCGGCCCCUGCUGUGCCCUGACCUUUCCACCCGGGAGGCAGGCCUCCGUCCCUGUUAUACAAUGCCCUCUUCUCACGUUCAGACCGGCGGUCUAGACCCUCACGCUCCCUUUUGUUCUGGAGGGUCAGGGGUUGGAGAGAGGCCCCAGAGAAAGGGACUUGGGCCGAGGCAGGAAGAGAUCUUCCCCCAGAGAAGAAAGGGGAGGGGAAGGGUGAAGGGACACCCAUUUCAAAGGAGGAAGCCCAUUGUCCCCUCCUCAGCCAGUGACCAGCCUCCCAGCAAAACAAGCACUGAUUUGUAAUGCUGGAGGCCGCUCCCAGCGGAGACGCGCCGUGAAACCUGAUGGAGCUACGCCCACUUGGGCCUGUGUGCCCAGAGCUGCCCAGCGGACACCAUCUAAAUAAAACCCCGCAGCCCGUGCCAGGAGAUCUGGGCCAGGCUGCCAGCCGGAUCCCAAGGGUAGCGCUUGGCCCAGCCCGAGCCCAAGAAACCCCGUGGGAAGAGAUGUGUCCCUACCACAUCCCCCAGCCUCCAGGCUCUGUCCGCCCCGUAUUCUCCCCAUGUCUGGGUGCUUCAUCCGGGGUGGGGUAGACCAAAAUGUCCCUAAGACGCCUUGUCUGUGACCACUGGUGACAGAAAGCUCAGGGCGUCUCUGCCUGGGAGCUGGUACUGACCAAGGAGAGAGACAGUUGGAACCUCUAAUUCUGGUGGUCACAGCUGAGAGCAAGACAGAAGGACAGAGGACCUGGGAUGGUCAGGGUCAGAGGCCGUGGUGAGGGGAACUAGGCUUCCCUUGGACACUUUCCUCCACUCAUGGGAAGAGCUGCUCCUUCUCAGGAGCCAUCUGGGAGGCCCUGAGGGUCUGAGAUGUGUCUGGGAAAGUGGAACGGGAUGGAGAGGCAGGCAGAGCAGGAGCCUGUGUGGGCAAAGGUGCGGAGAGAUGUGUCUGUGGGUGUUUGUGAUAAUCCCUGGGGUCAGUCCAUCAGUGGUCCUCCCAGACCAGCAGAGCUGGGAGGGGUCAUUCAGAGCAAGCGACUGGCUGCAUCACACGCAAGUCCUUGGCAGGGCCCAGCCCCACUGGGGUGAUUCUCAUCCUGGGCACAUCACCCCCAAUCCAGCCCCUGGCUUCCCCAGCCACCCCCACCUUCCGAUGCCAUCCUGCACCCUAAGAUGCUUCUCUUCAUGACUGCCAUGGCCUCUGCCCAGGUUGUCUACUGGCUCUGAAUUCACCAGGGGGUUAGGAGGCUCUAUCCCAAGACGAACAACAUCACAAUUACCAACGUCAAGAGGGAUGGCACUCAGGGGGCUGAGUGGGUUAGCUGAUGGGUUAGCUCAUGUUUGCCCCAAUUUACAGAUGAGGCAGCUGAGGCUUUUAGUGCCUACAGACCUCACUAGUUAAGAACCAGGUCUCCCAGAGGUUCUGAGUGGGUUAGCUGAGUGGGUUAGCUGAUGGGUUAGCUCAUGUUUGCCCCAAUUUACAGAUGAGGCAGCUGAGGCUUUUAGUGCCUACAGACCUCACUAGUUAAGAACCAGAACCUCCCAGAGGUUCUCCUAUGUGCUGAGGAGAAGCUCCUAGAAUGGGAAUGCCACACGGUACCCAUCACCCAUUCAAGCCACAAUACCUGUUGGUGCAGCCUUGCGGAAGGAGAAGCAAGAUUUCAUCCCAGGGAUGAAGAAUUUCCGCAGAGGUCAGAGAACCUCGGAGCUGGAGUUCGUUGAGAUCACCAUCAUCGUGGUGGUGGUCAUGGUGAUGGUGGUGGUGAUCACGUGUCUGCUGAGCCACUACAAGCUGUCCGCUCGCUCCUUCAUUGGCCGGCACAGCCAGAGCAGGAGGAGGGAAGAUGCCCUGUCCUCGGAAGGAUGCCUCUGGCCCUCAGAGAGCACGGUGUCAGGCAAUGGAAUUCCAGAGCCACAGGUGUACGCCCCACCCCGGGCCACCGACCGCCUGGCUGUGCCCGCCUUCGCCCAGCGGGACCGCUUCCACCGCUUCCAGCCCACCUACCCGUACUUGCAGCACGAGAUCGAUCUGCCACCCACCAUCUCGCUGUCGGACGGGGAGGAGCCCCCGCCCUACCAGGGCCCCUGCACGCUCCAGCUGCGGGACCCCGAGCAGCAGCUGGAGCUGAACCGGGAGUCAGUGCGCGCACCCCCGAACAGAACCAUCUUCGACAGCGACCUGAUGGAAAGUGCCAUGCUGGGCGGCCCCUGCCCCCCCAGCAGUAACUCGGGCAUCAGCGCCACGUGCUACGGGGGCGGCGGGCGCAUGGAGGGGCCGCCGCCCACCUACAGCGAGGUCAUCGGCCACUACCCAGGCGCCUCCACCUUCCAGCACCAGCAGAGCAGCGGGCCGGCCUCCUUGCUGGAGGGCACCCGGCUGCACCCCGCACACAUCGCCCCCCUGGAGAGCACAGCGGCCUGGAGCAAAGAGAAGGAUAAACAGAAGGGACACCCCCUCUAGGAGUCCCGAGGGCGGGCCGGGGCCGCAGUAGGUAAAAACCGCAAAUCACUCCGCACUUCUUGAAAGAAAAGAGAGAGGAGGCCGGGGCGACACACAGAAAAUGCGACGCGUAACCAUCCUCCUCCCCCUGUCCCCCACCUCUCUGUGUAUAAAUAUUUACGUGUUCUGUCUGGUCUGAAUGCACAAGCUAAGAAAGCUUGCAAAAAAAAAAAAAAGCAAAAAAAAAAAAAAAAAAAACCACCCCACGUUUCUUUGUUGAGCUGUGUCUUGAAGGCAAAAGAGAAAAAAAAAUAUUCUACACUAGUCUUUUCUGUUUCUAGUUGAGCUGCGUGCGUGAAUGCUUACUUUCUUUUGUUUGUUUAUGAUGAUUUCACUUAACUUUAAAGACAUAUUUGCACAAAACCUUUGUUUAAAGAUCUGCAAUAUUAUAUAUAUAAAUAUAUAUAAAAUAAGAGAAACUGUAUGUGCGAGGGCAGGAGUAUUUUUGUAUUAGAAGAGGCCUAUUACAAAAAAAGUUGUUUUCUGAACUAGAAGAGAAAAAAAAAUGGCAAUUUUUGAGUGCCAACUGAGAAAGUGUGUGUUACCUUGUAAAGAAAAAAAAACUACAAAGCAGGGGUUUAGAGUUAUUUAUAUAAAUGUUGAGCUUUUGCACUAUUUUUUAAUAUAAAUAUGUCAGUGCUUGUUUGAUGGAAACUUCUAUCCACGUGUGUCAAGACUUUUAAGGGAGAAAUGUCGGAAUAUCCCGGUCAACUUCAGGCAGAGCGUGGGCUCCACGCUGGGGCUGGAGAGAGGCUCCCCAGGGCUGACCUCCUGCAGAGUGGAAGCCUUCAUCUAGUGAUAGGUAAUUACCUCGGUCUACAUUCCCUCCUGAAGGAGACCUGUUUAGCCCUCCUCUGGGCCAGGACAGCCUUUGGAUCGCAAAUGAAAUAGGAAAAAUUAACUCCAGGCCCCAAGUUCCAGAAAGGUGGGCUUUGCUCUUCCCGAAAUGAAGAUUAACUGUUACUGAAGGAAUCUUAGUUUUUGGGUGUUUUUUUUUUUCUCUUCUUUUUUGAACCAUGAAGGUCCCCAUAGGAAGGGGCUCGCCAAGGUGCUCCCUGCCUGCAUCGCCAGAGCCCUGCCAGAGGCAGUUAGGUGGCUCGGGCUUGCAGGAUGCUUCGGCAGUUCAGCCAGCUCCACACUGCGCCAGCUGAGGUGGUGCAGCCUGCUGGCGUGUAGGAAAGGCCCAAAGGACUAGCCGCGUGACCUCACCCCUGUCUUUGUAUCGGUUCUCACGUAACAGGCCCAUAACCAGAAGACCAGAGACGAAAGAGCGGUAUGCCCAGGUUUCUCCCAGGACACUGCGAAAGGGUGAAAAUGAGAAAAACCGUCAAACCAACACAAACUCAAGCUUUAGGAUGUAGAAGCAGAAUUCUUCCCCUUCUCUCUUUUCGCAUUUUCAUUCCCUUCCCCGUGGAAACCAUCGUUUUUGGUGUCUUUGUGUGUCUGUGUUUUCACAAGCGUCUUUGUCAGACACAACUCUUAUUUACCAGGAUUUUACUGCUUAGAUAUUGGUGGGACCCCUCGCUGGUGGCGUGCGUGUGUGCAGAUGAAGAUGACCGGGAGAGAGUUGAGCAAAUGAGAGUCCUUCCUGCCACCAAGGACGGGCUCAUAUUCCAUGGGGUGACACCCCUGGCAAGAGAGUAGCACGCCCCCCCCCACCCCGCCCCUCCCAUCCCGCAGAACUGUCUCUUCAUUUUCGACAGAAUCCCAACUAGCCGGUUAACAGAAAAGAAAAGGAUAAGAGGCAAUAACUAUUGUUUUAAACAACCUUUUUUAUUGCUUGAAAAACUUGAGAACAGUUUUGAAGUUCUGACCAUUUGAACUAUUUCUAUUAUACACCUUUUAAGAACAUGAUGACCAAUAGGUGACUGAGGUGUCUGAGUGCCCGCUCACCAGCCUGGCAGAAAGUUCUGGUCCCUUGACAAUAAAACCUGCCUCUCUGUGGGGUCUUCAGCCUAACCUCUGCCUCUCUCUUGAAGAUUCUUUGUAAAGAUCAUUCAUGCAGAGACAUCCCUAGAGUUUGUCCUGAAAGGUACAGGGACACAUUUAUAAAGUUGUUUUUUUUUUUAAUGUGUCUUUCCUUUAUGUGAAGCGUCUCCCUAGUGCCUUACUGAGGAAGCGGUUGACCCCUUCUGUCCCCUGGCAGCAGUGUUCCUGGACAGCGCCCCUAAUUCACCCAGGCCUGCCUUUCCCACUCGUGGGCGACAGAGGUGACUGCUUUAAAAACGCCCCCAUCACCCUCGUGCCGUGUCCCACCCACCCUCCCUCCACCCUGGCUGUGCCUCCCUUGGUCAGGCCACCCCUCCAGCCUCCUGUCAGCAUUUAACUCCCAUCUGGGUCAGAACCUAGAUGCGGACCUUGUUUCCAGCGUUAGAUGAAGGCCAGACCAAGGGGUCCCCGAGGUCCUUCCUCUUGAGCUAAAACUUGCAUCUUGUUACUGGGGUUGUGGGGGGGAAGGUGUGGUCUGCAUUUGCCAGAUGGGCAAUGAAUUAGAAAAGGAAGCAGGGGCGGGGGUUACUGACCUCAGCUGGCUUGAGGGCAGAGCAUCCCUCUCCUUGUUGUGCCCCAGUAUUGUAGUCCAGUCCUCGAUGCCACAAUAUCAUGCCUGGGCUCCGUGUGCAGCAGAUGACAGUUGCAGGAGUUCAUGGUGGAGCAACUUGUCAGGGCCAGGGCACCUCCCAAGAAGACCACGGGUGUGUUUCUGCAGAGCUCUUGGUUUCCCUGCCGAACCCAGAGCCCUGAGGAUACAACCUUCCUCGCGGUGUUGCCUGUCAUGCUCUUAUUCUUGAAAGGCCUUUGAGCAUCCCUUGGGAGGGCCCCCUUUUCCAGGAGAAGGUUGAAGAGGAGGGGUCCUCGGCAGUGGCUGGUUGGAGGGGGACCAGGCUGGGCUCAGAGAAGGUGGCGGAGCUCAGCUUUUUCUACUCACGUUAUUUCCCUGUAUUUCCAUCAUCACAUUUCCUCUCGAGGAAACAUUUCCCCUGCAAAGCCCAGGUCUACACAGACGGCCUUAGCAGAGUGCACUCAGAGCCGUCCACGUCCUCACGUUUUUGCCAGAGGCUGAAAGCGACUCCCCUCCACGUCUAGCGAACACCGGGGCAGGCCAAGGACCGAACCCAUUCCCCUCCUUGUCUGUCUGCUCUGUGAAUUGUACGUUUCAGAGAAUUUGUUUUUUUCUACAUGCAACACCAAGCUUCCAGAUCCAUAAAACAUCCUGGUGAUAAAGGAGAGAAAAAUGUUCAGUUUGGUUUUCCGGAAACUGCGCUUCAAAUUUUGCUGUACUAUAGAGCUCAGAAGGACCCGCUGCGCUCUCAUUUGCCUGCCUGAUUCCACGGUGGUUGUGCUGAUGGCGACUCUUUUACAUUGCUCCCUUGGUGUUGGAACCGCUCUCUUUUGCAGCCCCGUUUCCCAAGUUCUGUUCAAGUUACAUGUGUGUAAACUCCGUGGCACGCUGGGUGCAGUGCCCACGUUGCUGCUGUGUAAGACUCUGUAUUUGGAUGCCAAUCCACAGGCCUGAUGAAAUCGCUUGUUGUGUAUCAGUAAUCAUUAGUGGCAAUGAUGACAUUCUGAAAAGCUGCAAUACUUAUACAAUAAAUUUUACAAUUCUUUGGA